UCUAUUUCUUUAUUAAUUCUUUAUGACGCUCUCUCACGCUCCCUGUAUUCGCUUUUACUUUCAGGUUUCAGCCACUGCUGCUGUUUUCAGUUCUUCGAUCUUCAUGUUUCAACAGCUCUCUUGUUAAAUUAAAUCAUAAACUUUACCCGUUUUCUGAUGUAACCCUAAUUUGAUCCAAAUGACCAACUUGUAAAUUCUCAAUUUUUAAUUCCGUUUUGUAAGAACUUCAACUCCAAAGUCUGGAACAAACAAUGGCAGCCCCGGAUCCGUCCAAAAAAGUGGCUGAUAGAUAUCUGAAGCGUGAAGUUCUUGGUGAAGGUACCUAUGGAGUUGUGUACAAAGCCAUUGACACCCACACAGGACAGACAGUUGCAAUUAAGAAAAUUCGACUUGGCAAGCAGAAAGAAGGGGUAAAUUUUACAGCUCUUAGAGAAAUAAAGCUUCUUAAAGAGCUUAAGGAUCCUAAUAUUGUUGAAUUGAUAGAUGCAUUCCCACAUAAAGGGAAUUUGCAUCUUGUGUUUGAAUUCAUGGAGACGGACCUUGAAGCUGUCAUACGAGAUCGAAAUAUUUUUCUUUCACCGGCUGAUACAAAAUCUUACCUUCAAAUGACGAUAAAAGGUCUUGCUUAUUGCCACAAGAAAUGGGUUUUGCAUAGGGAUAUGAAGCCAAAUAAUUUGUUGAUAGGAUCUAAUGGACAGCUAAAACUUGCAGAUUUUGGUUUAGCACGAAUGUUUGGAAGCCCAGAUAGAAGGUUCACUCAUCAGGUUUUUGCUCGGUGGUAUAGAGCUCCUGAGCUAUUAUUUGGUGCCAAGCAAUAUGGCUCUGGGGUUGAUGUUUGGGCUUCAGCUUGUAUAUUUGCUGAACUUCUUCUCCGUCGACCCUUUUUGCAGGGUACAAGUGACAUUGAUCAAUUAGGAAAGAUCUUUUCGGCAUUUGGCACUCCAACAGCUUCUCAGUGGCCUGAUAUGGUAUACCUGCCUGAUUACGUCGAAUACCAAUAUGUUCCUGCACCCCCUCUGCGUUCUUUGUUUCCGAUGGCUACUGAUGAUGCUUUAGAUUUGUUAUCAAAGAUGUUUACAUAUGAUCCAAAAGCUAGAAUUUCAGUGCAGCAGGCACUAGAGCAUAGGUACUUUUCUUCUGCUCCUCUGCCUUCAGAUCCAGACAAGCUCCCUAGACCUGCUCCUAAGAGGGAAUCUAAGGCUUCUGAUUUCAAUUUACAGGAGGGUCCUACUGUAUUAUCACCUCCAAGGAAGUCUAGGAGAGUGAUGCCAGAACGGGAUGGGUUUGAAGGAAAUUCCCAACAAGCAGAUAAGGUUGAUGGCGGUUUUGGUGAUUUCAGACAGACAACUGAUGAUAAUUCAGGCAAGAAUGAAUCAGCUCCAAUGUCUGUAGAUUUUUCUAUCUUUGGAUUAAAACCUCCAAAUAGACCUACAAUUAACAGUGCUGAUAGAACACAUUUAAAAAGAAAAUUAGAUCUAGAAUUUCAACAGCCAGAAUGAAUAUUCUGUAGCCAGCCAAGUCACACAAGCUUAUGGAGGAUAAAAUACAUUUGAAGAAAAGUGGUGAAUUCUCGAUGGUUUGAUAGAAUGUCAUUCUUUAUCUGUCUCUGUGUGCCGCUACAACAAAUAUGUAACUGAAGAAGUCACCGAAGAUUAGUUGUAGUUCAGAUACAUAAAAGUAACUGCUAUAGAAAAAAAAAGCUUAGAAUAUCACACAUUCAUUCUGGUUCCGCUUGUACAUUUUUGCUUUUUACAUUUUCAGAGAACUUGUAUACUUGAGUUCAUGGAAAACAUUAAAGUGUGAGGGAAUAUUCUCGAGCUGUCACUGUAUGUGGCGCUUGAAAAACAAUAAGUUUUGGGGGAACUUCAUUUAAACAUAUAUUUAUUAUUGAACAUAAGAAAUUUUAUAUUCAUGUGGAGGAGUGUGUAUUCCGACUGUGUGCUUUAGACAGUUGAAUUCCAAUUUUAAUUUGUUGAAUGAUUUUUACCUUUA